CUCUUCCAAUAAAAAAUAUUCUCAAACUUGUACUGAUUUUUCUAUCAGUUCAAUUUGCAAUUGACUGUUUCAUUACUUCAAGAGCAGAGAAAAUUAAAAGCAAGAAAAAAGAAGCAUAUAAGUUUUAUUUCAAACUUCAAGGAAAGCAGAGAUGGGGAUCCAUUUUUCUUCUUGGAGAACCAUCUUUAGUGUUCUUCUUGUUUUAGUGUUUGCCAAAAGUAAUAGUGCCAGGAAGAUACUUGAUGAUUUUCAAGAAAGUUCAUCAAAGGAUAACCAGUUAGUAAUCAAAACUGGCUACAAGGGUCAUGCAAAAGAUCCACAUGGCGAUCAUCUAUCACUACACAUGGAUCCUUCACUCAACGUUUUCUUCACCAUAAAUGAUCUGAAAAUUGGAAAAACAAUUCCAAUCUACUUCCCCAACAAAGAUCCUUCAACUUCUCCUCAUUUACUAUCUAGAGAAGAAACCAGUUCAAUUCCUUUCUCAUUAUCACAACUUCCUUACCUUCUUGAAUUAUUUUCUUUCUCAGAAGACUCUCAACAAGCCAAAGGCAUGGAAUAUACUCUAAGGCAAUGUGAAGUUGAACCCAUUGAAGGAGAGACCAAAACAUGUGCUACUUCUUUAGAAUCCGUGCUUGAUUUUGUAAGAUCCACCUUUGGAUUAGAUACCCAAUUCAAAGUUUUAACUACUAAUUACGUCACUAAUCCAAUUAAGCAACUGCAAAAUUAUACCAUUUUAGAAGAGCCUAAAGAGAUAUUGGCAACGAAGACCAUAGGAUGUCAUAUAAUGCCUUAUCCUUUUGUGGUUUACUAUUGCCAUAGCAGAGAAGGUGGUAACAGACUAUUUGAGAUGUUAUUAGGUGGUGAGAAUGGAGAGAGAAUUCAAGCUGCAGGUAUUUGCCAUAUGGACACUUCUCAGUGGGACAAGGACCAUGUUGCAUUUCAUCUGCUCAAAUUCAAGCCUGGAUCUUCCCCAGUUUGCCAUUUCUUCCAAGCAGACAGCAUUGUUUGGGUGCCUAUGAAUACUUAAUUCUAAAUCUAGGAGUGGCUUUUAAGAUCGUAAUUGUAUUUAAAUAUGAAAUACUUGUAAGAGUUGAUGUACUGUGUUUAGAGGGUUGGUCCUUCUUGAUUGUAUUUAAAAUGAUUAGUGCUUAUCAAGAUAUGUGCUUCUAAUGAAA